GCCAAACAGAACACAACGCCGCCAAAAAGUUUGAAGAUGCUGUUGUUGGGGCGACUUGUUGCCUUUGCACCUCCUGCAGCAGCAGCAGCAGCCGUGCUGUCAUUGUCUUCCGCGCCCUUGGUCGUGCAACCGCAUGAGCAGCAACACCAGCAGCACAUGGGUUCCAAUGAGACGGAGAACUCCACGCUAGUUGUUAUUGGGGGCUGCCUAGGCCGCGAGGGAGAUCCAAACAGCGACGCAGUGUAUGCGUUGGAACUGGGGGGAAGCCAUGCAAACCUGGUAGACCAGGGCGGCCAGGCACAUGAGCACGAUGGAUAUGACGCAAAGAUACAGGAACGAGGAGGACCGCACUGGCAGUCCCUGCCCUCGCUGCCAGUGGCAGUGCGCGGGGCCGCCGCCACUGUCCGUCCUCGUUCGCAGCAAAUCAUCGUCACGGGCGGGUCCACUCCAGACGGGCGCUGCACAAACCAGGUGCUUGUCUUGCACAAAGAAAGGUGGUCGGAUGUAGCGACGCUGCCAGUCAGCACGUCCUGUCACACGUGCAUGGCCGUAGAUGAUGACACCAUUGUUUGUUGUGGUGGAUGGGAUGGUGCAGAGUGCCUCUCCACGACGCAAUUGGUGAGCCUGGUGUCCAUGCAGUCGUCACACUCUGACAACCUCAUGGAUGCGCGCAAGAAUGCCGGCUUGGUUCAACUCGCAUCUUCAAGCAACGCAGCUGCGCUGCUUGUUGGAGGUUGGAACGGGCAGCGAACACUGCGCAGCACGGAGAUUGUCACCGUCGGGCCCACUGCUCAACAGUCAACGUCAACACUCGGUCCUUUGCUGAAUACACCCCGCGAAUGCGCCGCUGUGGCAACCCAAGGUCCAAGCCAUGGCGUGUGUGUGGGCGGAUACAACGAGGAUGACGUCUUGCUGCGGUCGUGCGAAGAGAUGAUGCUCGAUACCAACGGCACCGGCGAGUGGACGGAGACGGCGUGGUCGUUCCCUGCUGCGCCGCGUGAAAACUCUGCUUGUGCCGCCACGCCCACACACGUGUUCGUUGCUGGUGGAUGGGAUGGUCACCGGGCGUUGCGCGAUGUUUGGGUUCUCACUCGAGCCACAGGGCAAUGGCACCAGCUGCCACCGCUGCCAGUUGGUCUGAAUCGGGCAUGUGCUGUCGUCGUACCGACCUCAACACUAUGCACACGUGAUGUGCCUGUGGGCACGUGAAUGAUGCAAUGCUGCUAUUGAUAUACACCUGUGGGAGGCCGGAUUCUUUGUGUGUGUGUGUGUGUGUGUGUGUGUGUGUGCGACCCAUUACGUAUUCGUGUAAACGACACAUGCAGGAACCCAACACAUGGAGGGGUUUGGUUGUUGCCAUGUGAUUCGACUACAAGGCUUGUUUAUGCGAGCGCCGCGCAUGACUUGUACGCAACAACUAACACGUCCAGGCACAUAAAGGAAGGAAGAAAG